GCUCGUGUCGCCAUGGUGACGGGGCCGUGCCCAAGGAGGUUGUGAUGGUUUGACAGGUGCGUGACAAUCGGAGCUCUCUGCAAGCAUGUACGCCAAAGGCAAGAGCAGCAACGUGCCGUCCGACAGCCAAGCCAGGGAAAAGUUGGCUCUGUAUGUGUACGAGUACCUGCUGCAUGUAGGAGCACAGAAGUCAGCACAGACCUUCCUCUCAGAGAUCCGAUGGGAGAAGAACAUCACAUUAGGAGAACCUCCAGGGUUCCUCCAUUCUUGGUGGUGUGUUUUCUGGGACCUGUACUGCGCUGCUCCAGAGAGAAGAGACACGUGUGAGCACUCCAGUGAGGCCAAGGCCUUCCAUGACUACAGUGCAGCGGCAGCCCCCAGCCCCGUGCUUGGGAGCCUCCCCCCAGGAGAGGGCAUGCCAGUGGGUCCGGUCCCUCCAGGAUUUUUCCAGCCUUUUAUGUCUCCUCGAUACCCUGGAGGACCCAGACCGCCCCUCAGAUUACCCAAUCAGGGGCUUGGUGGUGUGCCAGGAAGUCAAGCCAUGUUGCCCAGUGGCAUGGACCCCACAAGGCAGCAAGGACAUCCAAAUAUGGGUGGACCAAUGCAGCGGAUGACGCCGCCACGAGGCAUGGUGCCACUCGGGCCCCAGGGCUAUGGAGGAGGGAUGAGGCCACCACUGAACGCACUCGUCGGGCCUGGGAUGCCCGGUAUGAACAUGGGGCCAGGAGGUGGAAGACCCUGGCCAAAUCCCCCAAAUUCAAACUCAACUCCAUAUUCGUCUGCAUCCCCAGGCAGUUAUGUGGGACCUCCAGGAGGAGGGGGGCCGCCUGGGACCCCGAUAAUGCCAAGUCCAGCAGAUUCCACCAACUCUGGUGACAACAUGUACACCAUGAUCAACACAGUCCCUCCAGGUGGCAGUCGACCCAAUUUCCCAAUGGGUGCAGGAGGUGACGGCCCAUUAGGGGGAAUGGCUGGAAUGGAGCCCCAUCAUAUGAAUGGAUCAUUAGGGUCUGGUGAUAUGGACAGUCUCCCAAAGAACUCCCCAGGCAAUCUGAGUAUGAGUAACCAGCCCGGAACCCCCAGAGAGGACGGAGAGAUGGGUGGGAACUUCCUCAACCCUUUCCAGAGUGAUAGUUAUUCUCCAAACAUGACCAUGAGCGUGUGAAGCACCGUGUUCAUCUGCUGGCGCCAAGGAACAUGUGACUUCCUCAUCAUCCUCGCCCUCAACCACCCCAGUCCGGACAGCGACUCAAGCCUUCGGCCCAACAUCAUCCCACGUCGCCCCUGUUCUUUGUGUCUCUACUAAAUUCUUGGCCAUCGUCAGCAGUUCUCUUUCUGCGACUAUGCGACUGUACAAAAGGAACCCAUCGAACACGUGGAGGAAAAACUGACCUUUCAUGACCCAGUUAACACACAGACGGCCAGAAUUCUAUUUAUUAUAAAGUUUAAAGACUCUCUGGUUGGGCAGGAUGGUUAUCUUCACUUUACUGUAACUUGUUGUCAACAUGGCCUUGUUUUUAUAACUUCUUCUGUCAAAUAUUUCCCAUAGGAGAAUGACGGAGACCUUACAAUAACAUGUUAUGUAAUGUCCUUCAGGUAUCAUUAAGGACUUUUCUACAUCUGUGCUCUCCGCAAACAUCCAGUUUUUCAUUUCUGAUUCUACAUUUUGGCAAAAACAGAGGCUAAAGUCGAGGCCAAUGUUGACAUGGCGGUGUAACAAAGCUUCAAAUAUAUUUGCAAAGAUGGAACUUUGAACCUAGGUAAUUUGAUUUGGGUGAAUUCUGUUUGAAGAGGCCCUUAUCGCCAGUCUAAACUUUGAGACCAAAUAUUCAGUGCUCACUACACGUCGCACUUUUUAGUUAGAAAAUCCCAGGUAAAAAGUAGUGUCAACUAACCAUCCGAUCGAACUGUGACGUCGGUGUGAAAUAAAGGAGUGUUGGUACAAAAAGGCGAUGUUUUAUUUAUGGUGUACAAAAAGGUCCAGGUGCCUGUGAUUAUUCUCUCUCCGCCCUCCUAACUGCAAAGUGUACAGCCCCCAAAUGUAGCUCCCUGUCUUGUACGUGUAUUUGAUAUUACAAUUCAUAUUAUUUAAGGACAGUUGCUAUUGUGAACGGGAGGGAGGUAUGGACUGAUGACGUUGACUCAACACAGAUACAGUAGCUUUUGUUUGUGGUUCUUUUUGUAAGGUUGAAGCCAUAAGUGGGACGACAGGAGGACGCGGUUGUAAAUCGGACCGUGUUUGGUGGCAGUUUGUCCAACUCCCAUUUGUGAUGUGUUCAUUUUCUCUUUUUUUAUAUUCAGUUUUUGUAAAUAUACGGAGAAGUAUUUCGAUGUUUUUGAAUAUGCCGGUAUAAAGCUUCUCUUCCCUCA